AUGUCGUUACCAACAUUACAUUACUUUGAUAUCAAGGGUAGAGGAGAAGGUACUCGUCUCUUACUUGCUUAUGCCGAUGUCGAAUUCGUUGACAACAGAUUUGAAUUCGCUGCCUAUCCAGCUGAAGUUCGUGCCAAAACCAUGUUUGGUCAAGUACCACAUUACUCUGACGGUGAAGUAGAGUUGUCACAAUCGGUAGCCAUCGAAAUGUACCUUGCCAAGAAAUAUGGAUUGUAUGGUAGUACUCCACUCGAUGAAGCCAUGAUCAUGAGUUAUAUCAUGUCGACUCAUGAUCUUUUCAUUGGAUUCUUCUUUGCCAAGAAUGGUGGUGCUGAAGCUCUUGCUAAAUUCUACAAUGAAACCGUUCCACGUCUUGUCUCCUCCUGGGAAAAGGCUCUCAUUGCCAAUGGUGGAUCACAUAUCUACGGAAAAACCAUGACCUGGGCUGAUCUAGGACUCUUUGGUACCAUUGACUAUCUCUUUUCAAUCGGCGAACAAAAAAUGUUUGAAGGUAGUCCAGCAUGUCUUGAAUUCCACCGUCAAAUGUCUGAAGUACCAACCAUUUCCAAGUACUUGAAGACACGUAAAGUUACUACUCGUUAA